AUGGAUAAUACUAUCAUGAAUUCAACACCAACUGAAUCUGAGGAUGACGAUACAUGGGCAAAUGAUAAAUGGAUGGUACCCUAUUUAUUUCUUUUGCUAAUUAUUGGAACAAUUGGAAAUAGUUUUGGUAUACUUCUAUUUCAAAAUUCUGCUAUGCGUAAAUAUUCAUGUUCAUUGUAUUUUUUAUUGAUGGCAAUAUUUGAUGAAUUAACUUUAUUUUGUUGGGUAGUAAAUCGAUUAUUCGGUGAAUUAUCUUAUACAUCAUUUUCUAAUCGUUCAACAAUAUUAUGUAAACUAUUUGUUGUUGUUUACUAUAGUUCAUCACAAGCAGCUGUUGGUAUGCUUGUAUUAGCUAUGUUUGAUCGAUUAUAUACAACAUUUAAAAUAGCACAUGGCUAUUUUGAUGUUCGAGUUCUUACUCGUCGACAACAUUUUCAAUAUAUUUGUUUAGGUGUUUUUUUCUCUAUACUUAUUGCAAUGAAUUCUCUAUUAUUUGGUUCACAAUUAUUUUUAUCACCGGAAGAUGAUAUAGAAUAUUGUCUUAUUAUUGAUCCGGAUAUAACUCAAAUUUAUUCAAUUAUUGAUUUAUGUAUUUAUGCUAUUGUACCUUGUAUAUGUAUGCUUAUAGGUGAUAUUCUUAUAUUAUAUUAUAUUCAAAAAGCAAGAGCUCGAGUUAUAACAAUUAAUAGUUCAAGUAAACGACGAGAAAAACAAUUAUCAAUUAUGCUUGUAAUUACUUCAAUGAUUUCAUUAUUUAUUGUUAGUCCAUAUAGUUUUUUGAAACUUCUUAUUAAUUUUUCAAUUAUUCUCGAUACUAAUAUUCGUACAUUAUAUACAUUGAAUGAUGCAUUUGGUCUGCUAUCAACAUGUACACAUGCUAUGCACUUUUAUCUCUUUCUAAUCAUUAGUAGUACUAUUCGUAAACAUUUUAAAAGUUUAUUACAGUCUCUUGUGACUAAUUGUAGUAAUGCAAGAAAUAUAAUUCAACCAGUUGUAAUAGCACCAAUAAAAACAACUAUGUCAUCUCAACCAACUGUACAUAUUAUUCAACGAACACCUUGUCAACAAUCGAUUCGAUGA